AUGUUGUGGACCCUGAUCUCUGUGAGGGACCUGGAGACCUUCCUCUUAAGAUGUAAAGGAUUUUCUGUUAAGUUUCUGUUGUGCGCUUGUGCCCAUGUUUUUCUAGAAGAACGAUGGCAAAAGCUCCAGGAGUACCUGGCCGCCAAGGGAAAGCUGAAGGACCCCAACGCCAAGCCUUAUCUAAAAGCCAAGACUAUCUGCCCCAAACCACCAUCUUCUAAAUAUACUCCUGGACCCAAAAAAGAUGUUUCCAGUCAUGCCAUUUUGCCUGUCAAAACUACAAAGCCCAUCAACAAUAAACUCCAGACUAAACCAGCCAGUGUCACAGGGCCCCAGAAGCCAGAGUUGGAGCCAUCCAAGCUUCCAGGCAAAGGGCUCACGUCAAGAUGUUUUCAUUCUAACUCAGACUGGAAACAAUCCAGCAAGACUCAGUGGCAGCCCAAAGCUGCAUCAUCCACUACAGGACUGUCAAGAAAGCCCAGGCGGUCCCCUGAUACACAGGAACUGAAAACCACAAAGCGGCAGGAGGCACAUCAAGGAAAUACUAAGUGCACAGAUGCCCUGGCUAACACCCAUGGUGAAAAGCAGUGUUUGGAUGGCUUUCCUGACGAGACAGACAAAGAGAACGUGCCCCAGACCUUGCUAGAACCUAAGAAGCGAGAUCCUGACUUAUACCCCAUAAGGAAGCCAAACACUGGCUCUUUUAACCAAACUCAGAGAAGUCUGCCUCCUAAGCAGAUCCUGAGCAAAAGUUCGGUUACUCGUGUUGCUCUGAAAGACAGAGCUAACAAACAGUUUGUCAGAAACACACAAAUCAGAGCUCAGCCAGUGAAGUCACAGCAACUUUCUACAGCUGCAGACUCGGCACAACCAAGAGAAAAACCCCCACGAACAGCUCCCUCUCACUUUGUUCCAGCCCAUAAUAAGACUCAGACAUCAAAGAAACCAGUGGUCAAGGACACACAGGGCAUGAAGGUUAACAGGGUUCAAUAUGGAAGACCAAAUGAAACUAAGAUACAGUCGUGCCCUGCUGCUGAACAAAAAGUAAAACAUACAAAGCCUAGUUCCCAUCCUGACGUGCUUCAGGGAAGACCUACCAAUAGACAUCCAAACGUGAGGCAGGAUCAGAAGCCAGUGAAGCCUUGCCUUGGACCCCAGGCACCAUGCAUUCUGCAGAAGUCAAGACCCAUAAGCCAGAGACCUAAUUUGACAGCUGGCAACUUUAAUGCAGUCAUUCCAAGCACGCCUAGCGUUGGAGCAAAUAAAACACAUAACAAUAAAUGCAAUAGCAUCUUUCAGCAGAAAGCACAGACUCUGGACUCCAAGUUCAAAAAGGUUCCUCCUCAGAGCCAUUUUCUAAGCAAGACUGCUCCCAAAACUCAAGCUGGAACAGCAGCAGCAAGUAGGAAGGGAGCCCCGAGUGCAAGCCAGACCCAUCCACACAUCAAGACCGACAUGAAGGAUCGGAGGAAACAGCUGGAAGAAUGGCAGAAAUCUAAAGGGAAAACCUAUAAACGACCUCCCAUGAAAUUGAAAACAAAAAGAAAAAUCAUAGAGGAAAUGAACAUUUCAUUCUGGAAGAGCAUUGAAAGAGAAGAAGAAGAAAAGAAAGCCCAGUUGGAGCUAUCCAAUAAGAUUAACAGCACUCUGACAGAAUGCCUGCGGCUCAUCGAGGAGGGUGUACUUCCUAAUGAAAUAUUUACCGUAUUGUCCAGCAUUCCUAAGGCUGAAAAGUUUGCCAAAUUCUGGGUGUGCAAAGCAAAGUUACUGGCAAGUAAAGGCACCUUUGAUGCUGUUGGACUGUACGAAGAGGCCAUUAAAACUGGAGCAGCACCAAUACAAGAACUGUGCGAGGUUCUGAACAUUCUGCAAGAUCCAAGCAGAAGCACAGAAGUGGCCACCCCUGACUCAUUAGCUGCUGAAACUAAUACCGCAUCCAUGGAAGAGCUGACCAAGAAGGAGGUGUCUGGGCAGCCAUGCCCUUCUCUAAAGGAAAAGGAGCAGGUUACAGCAGCACCACAGAUGCCCACAGCAGAGUGGGAUAAUGCUGGCAUCAAACUACAGGUCGCCCCAGUCCCUAGAAUAUGCGGUGUGCCGGAAGUACAGAGCAUGAAGCUCAUCACCCCCGUGAGGCGCUCCGCCCGGAUCGAGCGAGCUGUGGCCCGCUACCCAGAGAUGCUGCAGGACCACGACCUUGUCGUGACCUCUCUUAACGAGCUGCUGGAAGUGGAGAGAACGGAGUGCUUUGUCUUCCGUGAAAAUGAGGCUUUGCCUGUGACACUGGGUUUUGAAAUCCUUGAAUCAUGAUCUUUUGAUGUUUGGGGUUUGUUUUGGUUUUUGUUUGGUUUUUUGGUUUGUUUUUGGGUUUUGUUUAGUUGUUUGUUUGUCUUUGGGUUUUUUUGAGACAGAGUUGCUCUGUGUAACAGCUCUAGUUGUCCUGGCACUCUCUCUGUAGACCAGGCUGGCCUCAAACUCACAGAGAUCCGCCUGCCUCUGCCUCCCAAGUGCUGGGAUUAAAAACAUGCACCACCACCACCUGGCUUGUUUUAAUAUUUUUAAUGAGGUUUCUUGCAAAAGAUAAAUGCUCUCAUCAAGAUGCCCUGAAAUAAAUGUACACUGAGUCACCAUGAUGCAGGUGACAGACUCUUGGGUC